UUGCUUUUUGCUGCUGCUCGGAACUAAAAGAACGUUUUAUCGUUGGCGUGCCAUGGCAAACGACAAACGAACUGUGUACGUUGGUGGUCUAUCAGAGGAAGUAACGGAAAAGUUAAUCACCGACGCAUUCAUUCCAUUCGGCGACCUGGUUGAUAUACAAAUGCCCAUCGACUACGAAUCGCAGAAACACCGUGGAUUUGCGUUUAUUGAGUUCGAAAAUGCCGAAGAUGCGGCCGCUGCCGUAGACAACAUGAACGACUCGGAACUGUGCGGUCGUACCAUUCGUGUGAACACCGCCAAACCACAGCGUAUCAAGGAAGGCAGCAACAGACCGGUAUGGGCGGACGAUGGAUGGUUGCAAAAGCACGCCGGUGCCACGCUGGGCAAGGACGACAAAGAACAGAGCGAUACCGGUACCGAGGAGGUGCAGCCAACUGAGCCCAAAGCACCUGAGGAGAAGAAACGUAAUCCACAGGUGUUCUUCGACAUUCGGAUAGGAAAUAGUGACGUUGGGCGUAUCAUCAUGGUGCUGCGGGCAGAUGUGGUGCCCAAAACGGCGGAAAACUUUCGCGCCCUUUGCACGGGCGAACAAGGCUUUGGCUACAAGGGAUCCACCUUUCACCGUAUCAUACCCGAGUUUAUGUGCCAGGGAGGUGAUUUCACCGCCAACAAUGGGACCGGAGGGAAAUCGAUAUACGGGAAAAAGUUUGCCGAUGAAAACUUCAAUCUGAAACACUCCGGUUUCGGGGUCCUAUCGAUGGCAAACUCCGGCCCCAACACCAACGGUUCACAGUUCUUCAUUUGUACUGAAAAAACCGAUUGGCUUGAUGGUAAACAUGUUGUUUUCGGCAACGUUAUCAGUGGAGCAGACGUCGUGCGGAAAAUGGAACGUUGUGGAUCGAAGGGUGGGCGUGUGCAACAAAAGGUGACGAUCGUAGCAUGUGGUGAAAUCAAAGGAUAGGAAAGGCAAGAUAGGUUAUAAUAAAUUUUAUUUCAAUUCAACAAAC